GGUCAACAAGCCGGGCUCGAAGUCUGAAGAGGAGUCAAGACCUGAUGUGGAGGAUAAGAAGAAAAAGGAAAAUGGUGGAAUGCGCAAAUCAUCUUCAAAGAAAGAGAAAGGGAAGGCAGCCACUCUGCAGGCCUCAGAGGCGGAGAUGAGGGCUCAGAAGAAGGCCGAGAGCUCCAAGAGCAGCACGCUGGGGAGAUUGUUUAGGCCGAAGUCGAAGAAAGAUGAAGUAGAAGCAGGCGGAGGCAAAAUUACAGCCGCAGCCGAUGAUGGGAAAGGAGCCAAAGAAACCUCCACAAGACCCCGGCUGUUCUGGAGAAAGUCUUCCACAGAGCAAGAGUCCCUGCCCGCCAAAGCAGACAGCAGAUCCAAGAGCAGCCCAGUCACAGAGGGCAAAUCGCAGCAAGGAAAAAAGGCAGACGAGGGCAAAAACUCCAAGCCAAAAAUCAUGAUGUUCUUCAGACAGCUGACCCUGGACAUCACUGACGGCGUGGGGAGGUGGGGAAGUCAGAGAAGACCGUGGUCACAGCCGUGGUGGAACCUCCCCCUGCACCUCCACUGCAGAAGGCCAAGGAAAACCCAAAAGAGAAGAAGGCCUCGUCAGAAAAGCUGGCCAAGCAGGAAAGCAGAGAGAGCCCAGAGGCUGCAGCUUCAUCGCAGGUCCAAGUGGCAGAGGCAGCGCCAGUGCAGAAUGGCGCCGAAUCUUCCAAAGAGGGCCAGAUGAAGAGAGUAGAGAAGAGGCAAUCUCUGGGUAGUUUCUUCAAAGCUAUUGGCCCGAAAAAAAGCUAUGCGAUGCGGAGGUCCAGACAGAUCCAGUCUCCAUCCUGCCUGCAGAGAAGGCCAAGUAA